AUGCCCAGGCUCCUCACUGCUCUGCAAUGCAGCCUGUCAAGGAUAUGUACGAGGCUAAGCGGCGACGAGGCGCAAGCUCGUGGGCGCGCGGGAUUUGCCGAAGUGCCGAGAAAGGAGAUCAGGGUAUGUACUUCGUUUUUCCUGGGUUCCAACGUCGAUGGAGUCCUGAAGGCGAAAUCAGGCUGGCGACCCAACCACCAAUGGCCGCGCGGGGGUCAUAGGGCCUGGACCAUUCGGUCUCCGACAUGGUUCAGCAGGAGCGUGGCGACUCCACAGUUCCCACAUGCUGUUACCGGCGAAGGUACAACAUGCGACAUCGUCAUUGGUCUCGGCACACGGGCAAGCAGGAAUGGCAGGGCCGCUUGUGUAAAACUGAUGCUGUAUCGCCUCCCGUACGACGUCCUCCUAGGGAUUUUGCGGCAGCUCGGGGCAAGGGACGUGGUGAAGCUAUGCGCGACGUGCAGAGCCCUGUACAGCCUGAUGAGCGACCGCUCGAUAUGGCACCACGCGCUCUCCCGCCUCCUCCUGCGCUACCCACAACCGCAAAUAGCCCGACGGCUCGCAGUGCUCACGGCGGAAGAGCUGAAGGCGCAGGUGUUGCUCUCCGCACAGCUCGACAGGCUGUGGCACGGGUCCGACUACAAGCCGCGCCUUGUCCGGAACUUCCACUGCGACAGCGCCGUCGAGCACGUCAACCUCGUCGCGGGCGGGCACUGGGUCGUGGUGGUGCUCUACGACGGGUCGCUGCAGCUGCACCAGCUCGGCGCCGAGGUCCCCGCGGUAACCCUGUCCCACUCCUUGACGGAGGACGAGUCGGUCUUCUACCUGAGUUCCCGCCAAUCGUUCACUGACGACCACGAGGACCUGAUCAUCCUACAGAUGGGCGUCAGAUACGACCAGUGCAACAUAUACGUGUACCACAUCGAGGUCGUCGGCCCGGCGCCGACGUUCGUCCUCGUCGGCAAGAUAUCCGUGAACGGGUCCGUCUGGUGCUGUGCGUCCGGGGGCGGAUACCUGGUGUACGGCCUCGAAUCCGGGGGCGGCGACAUGGUCCUGCAUUUCUGCCUCGUCGGUGCCGACGCGUCCGACGGCUCGGGCAGGAUCUCGCAGGUGUCGAUGAACAUCGGUCCGUGGUCGGCAGACGAGGACUUCUCGAUAUCGGUCCUUUCCGACCGCCUUCUCAUGCUCGCGUACCACGGCGGCCUCUCCGUCUACGAGAUCCCCGCGCCCGCCGCCCCAGACAUCGCCGCAGCGCGCCCCGUCCGCCCUGUCUGGAGCCGCAGAUGCGACAUCGGCGCGGGCAUCUACCGCAUCUCCCCCUUCUCGUGGGACGCGCACCGGCACCCCGUCAUUGUCGCGGGCACGCGCGCGCUGCACGUCCUGCGCGUGCGCCCGCACCUUCCGCACCUCCCGUAUGGGGCCGUCGACUACCGCGAGAUCCCGUAUCCGCUCGCGCCCGGGCCCACGGGAGAGCUGGGGCACGUCGGGCUCGGGGCGGUCGGCCUGCGGCGGGCGAUCUGGGACUGCACGGAGGCGCGCAACGGCGCGCUGCACGUGCACUUCCGCACGUACUCGCUCCCGCGCUCGAUCCUCGACCUCGCCGAGGACGAUCCGGACUUCGAGGAGGGCGAGCUCGGCGUGCACGGCCGCCUUGGCUCGUUUACCGUGACGCUCGACCCUGAGGAGCACCUCGUGAACCUGUGUCUGGAGGAGGGGUCUGGGCGCGUGUGCCUGCUCUUGAACAACAUCGUGACCGGCGCACGACGGAUAUGCGUCAUCGAUGUUGUGUGA